AUGCUGCUUCUGCGAGGCUGUGCAUCGUCUCUAAAAGCUUCCCUUGACUUUAUAGGGCCUGCUGCAGCUGCACACACAAGACUUCAGGAAGGCCUUGCAGCAGCGGAGGCGGCGUCAACGGAAGUGGCCCCAACUGCAGACGUCUGUACGCCUACUGCAGGUUCAGACAGCACAAAGGCAAAUGCUGCAACCGCAGGAGGCUCAAGAUUGCCACCCAGCGACGCUGCAGAAGCAGAAGGUGCAGCAGCAAGCGCUGCUGCUGCGGACCGCUUUAAGGCGGAAGACACAGCGGAGGCGUCAGCAGCAGCGGCAGCCUUGGAUGCCGCAAAAGAAGCAGCAAAAGCAUCAGGAGGUAACAGCGAUCAUCUCUUGUUUGAUGCGGAGACGUUUAAACGCAUGCAGGUCCUUCGAGAGAAAAUUCAUGAGCUGCAAGUUGCAGGUGUCCAGACGGUGCGGGAAGCCGACAUAGCAGAUGUGCGGCAUUUGCUAACGGAGAGGCGCCUCUUGGAGGACGUUUUGCGCCUUGUGAGAGACGCCCUUGUGGCAAAACUUCAGCCCCCUACCGCCGUGGCCGCUGCUGCAGCUAUGCAUAAGCAGCACGCCGAUGCAUCUAACGCCGCUACAGCGGGUUUGCAGCAGCUCGAGCACUUGGCACCGCAAUUGCUGCGGCAUGCCGCGUUCCUAAGAACGCGUGUAGCCGCACAAAAGACGGAGAGGCUUCUGGGGCUUAUGCUGCUGGGGAAACCUCGCCAGCUAGACGAACUCAUGGAUCGCAUGUGCACCGCGCGCUUGCGACUGGAGGCUGCAGGCAAGGCGAAAUACUUGGGAAUUUUAGCAGAGGUUUUCCAAGAACCUCCUCGGGCUGCCGACAUGAGGGCUGUUGCGAAUGCUGCCUUGCAUACCACCGAGGAAAUUGAGGACUUCUGCCAGUGGCUGCGCAGUGGAAUCGCCUUUGGCGAGGAGACUCGGCGCUUGACAGAGCAGCAGCUGGAGGUGAUGCGCGCGUUGCUCGCUGCCACAGAGUCUCUACAUCCAGCUGAAGGAGAGCACCUCGACAGGUGGAGCGAGGCCACUGCCUACAGACCAAACUCCGAUAUCAAGAUCUGGGAUGACAUUCCGAACAGGCCUCAGUCACCGUCGAAUGAGCAGAACUCGGAUUCCCAGAAAGAUAUCAGCAGGGAGAGGAGUGGAGAGACAAGCAGUCGCCUCCCUCCUAACGGCACCGACAGUGCGAUGCAAGAGUAG